AUGCUUGAUACACCAGCCAAAGAAGACCAUGUGGAUGUUCUCAUUGUCGGUGCUGGACCAGCGGGGCUCAUGCUAGCCAACUGGCUAAGCCGCUGCGGAGUCAAGACCCGUAUAGUGGACAAGCGUAACUCAAAGGUCUUCAAUGGACAAGCGGACGGUCUACAAUGUCGCACCCUAGAAAUCUUUGACUCUUUUGACUUUGCUCACCGGGCAUGGCGCGAGGCAAACCAUAUGUUGGAGAUAUGUCUUUGGAAUCCUAACAAAAAUGGCCGUCUUCAACGAAGUGAUCGUAUCCCCGAUACCAUUCCGGGAAUUAGUCGUUUCCAACAGGUCGUGCUACACCAGGGUCGCAUCGAGCGGUUCUUCCUCGAUUCAAUCAAGGAGCAUAGUGACAUCCAUGUUGAGCGCGGUGUGUUGCCCACAUCGUUCAAUUUUGACGAAGCAAAAGCAGCCGAUUUCGAGGAUUAUCCUAUCAGUGUUAAACUUCGUACCUUGGCCGCGGAAGAAUCCACGCCUCUGCAACGGCAGCAGCAUCAGAAAUCUUCUGAUGGUCAGCACACAGUGGUGGAGGAUGGCCUUUUCCGAAGUAACUUGGUUGCUGAUGACACCGAGGACCUCAUCCAGGCGACAGAGGCUAAAGAAACCCCCGACCAAGUGGAGCAUAUCAAGGCUAAAUUUCUGGUCGGUUGUGACGGUGCCCACUCAUGGGUGCGCCGUCAGGUUGGCUUUAGCUUGGAAGGUGGCUCAACCGAUUAUAUCUGGGGUGUGCUCGACAUUGUCCCCAUUACGGAUUUCCCAGAUAUCCGCCAUCGAUGCGCCAUUCACUCUGCGGAUGCGGGUAGCUUGAUGGUAAUUCCCCGUGAGAAUAAACUGGUUCGACUCUAUAUCCAGCUUCAGGCGACAGAUUGCCAAAAGAAUGGCUCCAAAGCUGACCGGUCCUGGAUCACUCCCGAGAUCAUCCUGAAAUCUGCUCAGCGCAUCGUGCACCCAUAUAAGCUCGAUUACGCGUACUGCGACUGGUGGACUGCGUACCAGAUUGGACAGCGAGUGAGUGACAAAUUUUCACAAAGCGAUCGUGUAUUCCUAGCAGGUGAUGCCGUUCAUACGCACUCUCCCAAGGCUGGACAGGGUAUGAAUGUCAGUAUGCAGGAUACGUAUAAUCUGGGAUGGAAGCUCGCGCAUGUGAUAAAUGGCCUUAGCGAACCGUCCAUUCUCCAAACGUAUGAGUCUGAGCGGAAACAGAUCGCACAGGACCUGAUCGCUUUCGAUCACCGCUUUUCGCGACUUUUCUCUGGUCGCCCGGCCAAGGAUAUCAUGGAUGAAGAGGGUGUCAGUAUGGAAGAAUUCAAAAAGGCUUUUGAGAAAGGAAACGAGUUUGCAAGCGGCAUAGCUGUCAACUAUGAGGCCAGUAUCCUCGUGGCGAAGCAAACGGGUGUCGCAGAACAAGGCCACGACGCAAUCAUCAGCAAGCCAGAGCUGGCUACAAAGAUUGAUAUCGGCAAACGUAUACCUAGCUUCAAAGUUUUGAAUCAUGCCGAUGCACGCCCAUGGCAUCUACAGGAGCUAUUGAAGAGCAACGGGCGCUGGCGAGUGAUAGUUUUCCCUGGACGACUCACCGAGCCCCAAAAUAUGGAACGUUUCGAAAAAUUAGGCGCCUCUUUGGGAGGGUCAGAUUCCUUCAUUCGCCAGUUCACACCAUCAGACAAGCCCAUCGAUAGCGUGAUCGAGGUAUUGACGGUUCAUUCUGGACCACGAAGAGAUAUCGAACUUCUCGAUCUUCCGGAGGCGUUCCAUCCCCACCUUGGUGACAUGGGAUGGGAUUACUGGAAAGUCUUCGUCGAUGAGGAGUCUUACCACGAGGGACAUGGUCAAGCUUAUUCCAAUUAUGGAAUUGAUCCGAACCGCGGUGUUAGUGUCAUCAUUCGCCCUGAUCAGUAUGUUAGCUGGGUUGGCGAGGUCGAUGACUACGAGCAGAUAUCGCGAUUCUUCACUAGCUUCAUGAAACGACAGGUGGCUGGGAAUCCGGUUCUGUAG